UUUCCAGCUAUGUAAUGUGUUUCGUCAGAACAUGGAGAUAGACCAGUGUUUGCUGGAGUCUCUCCCCAUCGGCCAGCGCCAGCGGCUAGUCAGGAGGAUGCGCUGCGACCAGAUAAGGGCGUACUAUGAGAGGGAAAAGAGCCUUCAGCGGCAGCAAGGUGGGGUCAAGGUUCGAGCCCCACCCACCCACCGCAAGAAGCCCCACGUCCGCUUCAGCCUCACCGAUAUCAUACAGGAUGCCAUCAUUCGCCAUGACGACAAAGAAGUGUUGCGUCUCCUGAAGGAGGGAGCAGACCCCAACACUCUCAUUUCUACUGGGGGAUCCUUGCUACACCUGUGUGCUCGCCAUGACAACGUGUUUGCAGCAGAGCUUCUGAUUGAACGAGGCCUGAAUGUCAACCUGCAGGACGAAGACCUGUGGACAGCCCUGCAUAUAGCUUGUGUGUGUGACCACGCAGACUUGGUGCUGCUGCUGCUGCUGGCCGGAGUGAACGUUAUGCUGCAGGACGUCAACGGAAACAUUCCUCUGGACUACGCCUCCGAGGGAACUGAGAGCAGCUAUAUCCUCCGAAAACACUUGGAGGAAAAUGGUGUGGAUGUGUCAUCUAUGCACGCCAUGAAGACACAGAGACCCAACACUAUGUUGUCUGAUGUUAGACAGCUUGUAGCCACAGGCGGAAGCCUCAGCCAACCCAAUGAUGAUGAAGUCACUUUGCUCCACAUAGCAUGUGCCAGUGGUUACAGGGAGGUGGUAUCUGUGUUGCUGGAGAGUGGCGCGGACCCUCAUCCUGUCGACAACAACUUUUGGACCCCUCUCCACCUGGCUGCUAAAUACGGACAGACAAGCAUCGUUAGCCAGCUCCUGAGACAUGGGGCAAACCCGACUCUGUUGAACUGCAACCAAGACAAGCCCUCAGACAUUGCAGUGUCAGAACCUAUAGCUGAUAUGCUUCUGAACGCAGAGGAGAGCUGGCUGCAGAGACUGAAGGACCCCUCUGCUCCUCUACCCUCCACAGACCAACGCUAUGAUGGCGGAUCACAUGACCUCACCACGCCUGUCAAGAACUUGAACCCUUUUGGUAUUCCUAUCUCUAAGCGGGACAGUCUGCUGGAGAAAUGUGCCAUGUUCAGAGAGGCAGGUGGAGCACUGAGCGGACAGCCCUCCCAGGACAGUUGCCUAGAUGGUCCCUUUAGCUCUGGAGCCAGCAAACUGGAGCAGGUCAAGUUGAUGCCUCCGGCUCCUAAUGACGACUUGGCAUCCCUCAGUGAGCUGACUGACAGCAGCCUGCUCUAUGAGAUGCAGAAGCGCUUUGGCAAUGACCAGAUCUACACUUACAUUGGACACAUUCUUCUACUGGUCAAUCCAAAUAAAGAGCUGCCCAUCUAUUCCACUUUGGUGAGUCAGUUGUACCUGAGCUCCACAGGUCGCCUGUGCUCCUCUCUGCCCCCUCACAUCUUCUCCUCUGCAGAAAGAGCUUACCACAUGAUGCUGCAGGAGAGACGCCCGCAGUGUUUCAUCUUAAGCGGUGAAAGUGGUUCUGGGAAAUCAGAGGCUUGUAAGCACAUUGUGAGACACCUGACAGCCCGAUCCAGCCCCAAAGGGUUCGCACUGGAUCCCAAAAUGAAGCAUGUGAACUGUAUUCUGGAGGCUUUUGGUCAUGCAAAGACCCAGAGGAACAGCAGCUCAAGCCGCUUUAUCAAGCUGUUGACCAUUCAAUACUGUGAUAAGAAGAGGACACUGCUCAGAGCCCGUGUGUACACCUACAUGCUGGAGAAGUCUCGUCUGGUCCACCUGCCUCCUCACCAACACAGCUUCAGCAUCUUCUAUCUUAUGGCUGAAGGGAUGUCGGCGGAGGAGAAGAGCACGGUUUACCUCAACAACGUCCUGGCUCAUAGGUAUCUUAGUGGAGGAUUUCCAGGUGAGAACCCUCCAGUAGCUUCAGCCUCUACUCAGAGCAGGGAACGCCUUGCAGGAGUCAAACAAGCCUUGCGAGUCCUGGGCUUCAACAAGCAGGAGGUUGACUCAGUGUUUACGCUGUUAUCUGCUGUGCUCCAUAUUGGGGACCUACGUUUUACUGCGUUGACUGAUGCCGAUACAGCCUUCCCUUCUGACCUGCAGCUGCUGGAGAGAGUUGCUGGAAUGUUGCAGGUGUCCUCCAGUGACUUAAGUACAGCCCUCACCUCUGAUGUUCAGUACUUCAAAGGUGAUGUGAUCACUCGGCGCCACACAAUAGAGAUGUCAGAGCAGUACAGAGACCACCUUGCAAAGGCCAUCUAUGGACGCCUCUUCAGCCAUUUGGUCAACAGUAUCAACGACUACCUUCAGGGACAGGACGAUACUAUUGGUGAUCCUGCCCUUGAAAUUGGGAUCUUGGACAUAUUUGGGUUUGAAGAAUUUCAGAGGAAUGGAUUUGAGCAGCUGUGUGUGAACAUGACCAAUGAGCGGCUAAGGCAGUACGUCUCUGAGGUGCUAUUCCAGCAGGAGCAGGCUGAGUGUCUGCAGGAGGGCAUUGCCAUGGAGACCCCACGCUGCCCUGGCAACCAGCCAGCCGUUCUGGACUUCUUUCUUCAGAAGCCACAGGGACUGCUGUGUGUGUUAGAUGAGGAGAGCCAGAGCCUUCGUCCGGUAGAGCAGACCCUGUACAAGAGGCUCUCAGCCCAGCUGGACUCCAAUCCAACUCAUGGCCUCUCUCUCACUACUAAGGACGGCAAUGGGAACCCCCCACCCAAAGACCAGGGCCCAGCCUUUACUGUCAGCCACUAUGCUGGACAGAUUUCGUAUGACUUCACAGGAUCACUCACAAGAAACAAAGACUUCCUUCCCCAGAAUCUCUUGUUUACGAUGAAGUCUAGUGAGAGUGUGUUACUGCAGCAGCUCUUCCAGUCCAAGCUGACUCAGACUGGUUCUCUGGUGCCAGCAGCUCAGGGCCGCAUAGGGCUGAGGGGGCCUAAAGCUGCCAUGUUGCUCCACAGGAUGCCAUCAGCCUCCCUUUUAACUGCCAGCUCUGUCCCCCAACAGCCUCGGCGGUACCAUGACCUUACCAAGAUCUUGAAGAAGAAAGGCUCUAGCUCUUUCCUCCAACGACUAGAACGGUGUGGGCCCAUCACAGUGGCUGUCCAGCUGAGGAACUCGCUGUCAGAGGUGAUCAGUAAACUGCAGGCUUGCACUCCCCACUUCGUGGAGUGUGUGCGUCCAAACGCCAGUGGUCAGCCAGACAGUUUUGACAGCUUCCAUGCGUCCACCCAGCUGCAGUACAUCGGUGUGCUUGAGAUGGUGCGCAUGAUCCGUUAUGGAUACCCUGUCCGUCUGUCCUUCCCAGGCUUCCUCAGCAGAUAUAAAGACCUUGUAGUCCCAACUUUGGGAGACAAGAAGAAAUUGUCACCUGAGGAGAGAUGUCGCUCUGUACUGCAACAGUCCAAACUCCAGGGAUGGCAGAUGGGCAGCAGUAAAGUGUUUCUGAGAUACUGGCAGGCAGACCAGCUCAACGACCGCUGCUACCAGCUUCAUAAAAAGAUCAUCACCUGUCAGAGAGUGGUUCGCGGCUGGCUGGCCAGACAGCGGGUUCAUCGCAGGCUGACAUUACAGCAGAAAGAGGAGUGCAGUGUGCAGCGUUUCCUGCAGGGGGCAGAGGACAUGGGGCUGCGAACCUAUGACCAGCUGGUCAUCCAAAAUGCGUCCGACAUUGCACGAGAGAGCGACCGCCUGCGCUGCCAUGGCAACAGCCUUCUCAACACCCUUGGCAGCAGCCCACCACUUGGUGAGAGGCCUGAGCCAGUGGGUAAAGAGGAGGAUCAACCCGUCAGGAGGGCAAUGGAGAAAAAUGGGAAAGUCCAUGAGGGGCCUGUCAGUGGGGGCAGUCGAGUUAUUCGCCACUUUCGGUCCAGCUCAGUACCCAUCCCCCUCGCCAUGGAGAAUAUGGUCCAUUCCUCUGCCAGUCCACCCAUCAAACCAGCCCUGCAGCAGGUAGCUCAUACCAGUGAGGAUGUGACAGGCGGGGGAGGUCUUUCAUCUCCUCGUAAGCAACCUCCUCCUAAACCAAAGAGGGACCCCAACACCCGUCUGAGUGCAUCUUAUGAAGCAGUUAGUGCUGGGCUGGUGAUGGCAGCCAAAGAGAGCCCCACUCCAGAGGGCUCCUGUUCACCAGCAGGAAGCCCCCCUAAAUCUCAGCUGUCUCCCACAGACCCUGCAGCCUUGUCCAAGCCCCGCCCCUUCAGCGAUGACUACACAACCAUGAGGAAGGUGCCACCCCCCAAACCUAAGCGCAGUCCCAACACUAAGCUGACAGGCUCGUAUGAGGAGAUCAACGCUGUAGCACCCCACCUCCACCAGCUGCGCCCCGCUGAUGUAAAGUUGGCCUUGUUGUCCCGUGCUGGGGGAUUUGCAGGGUUUGGUGGUUUCAUGCAGAAAGCAGCCUCAAUUGAUGCCCCACAAGGGGUAGCACUGAGCCUGUACCAGGGUCAUGAUGAAGAGGAUGUGUACAUAGAGAUGUUGGGCUCCCAGCCACGCGCUCGGAGCCUCCAGGACCCCCCUGAUAGCCCUGAACAGGCCACUGACUCGGAAGCCGUGUAUGAAGAGAUGAAGUAUUUCCCUCCUGAAGACGGUGGACCUCCUGCCACUGUGGUCACCAAGGCUGCAAAACUGGAGGCUUUAGGCUUGGGUUUGGUAGGAUUAGGGACAUCUCCUCCUCAGAGCGGGGAGACCAAACGGCCGGCAGCAGGGGUGGCUGCGUCCAUGGACAUUUCUCAUUCACAGAACACGUCCAGCAGCGGAGCUCCCAAAGCUCAGCAUGGCAAAGAUGGCAGCUGUGACAUCCCUGCUCCAUUCCCCAACUUGCUCCCACAUCGUCCACCUCUCCUGGUGUUUCCCCCUUCCCCCGUCACCUGCUCGCCUGCUUCAGAUGAGUCACCCCUCACCCCCCUAGAGGUAAAGAAGCUGCCAGUGUUUGAGACAAACCUGAACUAUGCUACUGGCCCAGACAGCCCCUUGUCCCCACAAUAUGCCCGCCAGAGGGCUGACUCCUCCCCUAGCCUCACUGUCCUCAUGCCAGAGAAGAAGUCUACACCUCCCCUCACCCCUCCACCUCCACCUCCUCCCCCAAGUGCCCCCCCCCCUCCCUACAGGCCUCCUUCACACUUCCCUUUCCCGCCUGAGGGCAGCUUCCUGGCUCUGACACGAGCAGCAUCUGUCACAGGGAGCUCAGACUCCUCCAAAACGUCCUCACAAAGGGCAGGUGGGGAACCACUGGGGAAGCCACCUCCUUACUCCCCAGUGAAGAUGUCUCGUCCUGAGCCUCGUAGAGCACACUCAUGUUCCUCCUCUCCCCUGCUGUUCAACCCAGCCAAUGGCAGACCCCUGACCAGCCCCCUGGAUGAACUCAACACUCUGUUCAGCUCUGGGCGCAGCCUGCUGAGGAAGUCUGGCCGGAAGAUGAGAGAUGGAGGAUUCAAUUCUAAUAUCAAUCUGCCAGGGAGGGAAGAAUGUGGCUCGGCCCCCACCUCCCCAUCUCUGCAGCUACAAGACAAGAACGCCAACAACCACUCUCCUCACUCCCCAAGUCCUGCACCCAUAGAGAACGGCAACCAGAUCUCCAAUGGGUCGCUGGAAGAUGAGAGUCACAGCAAGUCAAACUCCUCCAGCUCCACCUCUUUACACAGACACAUGGACAGCCAUCAUACUCAGGUGUUCCAGCGGCUACGUCUGUCCACCGGGGAUGACAGCGCCGCCCUGGGGGAGCUUCUGCGGUGGCGGCGAGCGCAGUGUGAGGGACGGGGUGACUGGAAGCACCGUCAAGCUCAGUCCCCUCCCCUGCCCCCCACGCUGCUCUGGACCAACAGAAAGGCCUCUCAAUGACAGAGGCUGUGUGAUAUAGUCACAUGUGUUGGCUUCGAAGUUUCUCCCUCUUUCUCUUCAACCACACUCGCACAUGCU